AUGUUAGCUGCUGUUUAUAUCGAUACUAUUUUUACAUUAACCUGUGCAACAAUUUAUACUUGGCUCUAUUUUAUCAUUACAGUUCUUCAUCAAGGUUAUUGUCCAAACUCUUAUUAUCCAACUGAAAGUGAUUAUCAAACAACAAAUUCUUCACUUGAUAUCAUUAAAUAUCUAUCCUACUACGGUACUGGUUCGAAUUUAAUUGCUAUUCAACUUUGUAUUGAUAUUCCACGAUACUUAUGUUUGGCUUAUGUGAGCAUUCGAUUGCCCAUGAUGGUCAUCAAUAAGAUUCGUCAAUACCGAUGUAAUAAAGAAAGAUAUGAAUUGAAGCAUACACAAGAAGAACAAGCAUUUUUUAUUGCUGUACAACCAUAUUCUGUUGAAACGCUCUAUGUAAGAAAUCUUUUUCGUUCCGCUAAUAUACGUUCUCCAAGUCGAUCGUUCAUAGCUCGUUUAGUACCAAAAUCUAUCUAUGAAUGGCGUGAUGAUUUCCGUUUUUCAUCACGUAUUUUUUGUAUUUAUGCCGCUCUUUUUCUCGUACUAUUCGUUAUUACUAUUAAAUUGAUUGUUGAAGAAUUACCCAAUCUGCCAUAUUGGCAAAUCAUGAUUGAAAGAUUAACUGAUUUUAUAUAUGUAAAUUCAAUCGAUAGUCAGGCCAAUGCAUCACAAAACCAGAUAUCCUCUACUUCUUCCGUAUCAACAGUAAAAGUUCCAUUUUUCAUCGCUGUGUUUACUGCACUCAUCAUCACUGUCGUUCAAAUAGUUGUCCUAUUAACAAGUAUUCGACGCCAUUUAUUACAAAUAUUUCGUGGCAAUUAUACUGAAAUACCGAAAAGAGACAAUUUAAAGAAUCUUUUGUAUGCAACAGGAAAUCUCCAUUUUGCUGGCUUUUUUAUUGGCUAUGCAGUUUGGGGUUAUAUUCUAUGUUUCAUAUUAGCAUUUUUCAUUUCUUAUUUUUUUGGUAAAUUAAUUGAAAAUAAUGAAAAAUUAUUUCGACAAAUUCUAACUGAGAGCAUCCCAGUAUCUCUUUUGAGUAUUUUUAAAGUUUAUCUCAAUCUAUUUGUUGCCAAAUAUAUUUUCUUACAACAACGAAACCAGAUUCUUGCUAUUAACAAUCAUCGUGUAUCGAUGAUUUUAUUGUAUUUUAAUUUUUUUCUUGAUGCCUUUCUCGGCUUGGCUGCAUCAUUUACACGUAUUACGAAUAGUUUUCUAACAACAAUCAUUUAUAUGGCACGUCUCGACUAUUCACCAUUAGGUCGACAGCUCGAUUAUGGUGAUGCAGGUUUUUUGGCCUAUUUAGGUUUCAUUCAAAUGGAAGCAAUUCAUCGAAAUCCAAUUAUGUUGGCAUUUGUUAGUAUUCUUCUAGUUCAUCAAAGAACGAAACAAAGCAAUCGAUCAUCGAAAACACGUCAAAAAUGGCGUUUAGCUCUAUUACUGAUUCACAAUCCAUCGUUAAUUAUCAUGCGAAAAGCGAUUCUUACUCGAAAAGAAGGAAAUUUAGCAUUUUUACACAUGAUGAAGACCUCUGAAUUCGAACAUUUGACUAAUGUAAACUUUGAAAAUGCAUUGAAAGCAAUCUUACGUCGUGAAUAUGUAGUUCAUAAACAUAUUUCAUUGAAUAAUUCCGAUACUAUCGUUUCGAGAUUAUAA